AUGUGCCAUUUCCUUCAUCCCAUUCUCUUCCAGAAUCUUCUAAUAUGGUUUGGCAUUAGUUGUGUCGUGGACGACAUCGUUUUUCAUCCGUUGGGUCGGGCUUCAUUGGAUGAAGCAGCUUGGCUUGCCAAGGCAGUGGCUGCAGAUAUUGGAAAUAGAUUUCAAGUGCCAGUGUAUCUAUAUGGUGUAGCACAUCCAACAGGGAAGGCCUUAGACGCCAUCAGGCGUGAACUCGGGUAUUAUCGACCCAAUAGUAGGGGAAACCAGUGGGCUGGAUGGACGCAGCCCGAAAUNGCUAGAACAGAAAGUUAA